UUUUUCUUCUUUGCAGCUAGUACAAGUGUCGUUAUUUGCAUGCACAAACAUGAUUCAUACAGUCGGUCUGACUUCCAAUCGUAUGAUUAUGACGUAAAUUGUGACGUCAUGAUCUUAUUGGAAGCUAUUUCAACGUUGCUCGAAAGUAUUUCACCAUCGACUUAUUCAUUCCAGAAUAUUCAACUAGUGAGGAACUGCUCUUAUAAGAAAUUCAGCCUUACAACACAUUAAGCUAAUUUUAAUUUUAAAAAUUAAUAAGAAACUAUUAAAAAGGUCUUAGAGAUCGUUUUCAACAUUUUAUCGGUUAGUUAAAAUUAUUAUUUGAUGUUAAAAAAGUGAAAGAGAAAAGAAUAAAGUCAUACGUAAUCAAGCCGGUAGCCAUUUUGUUAUUUGCGAAAAACUUUUUCGCAUAAUACAAUAUUUUAUCUAAAGUGAAUAAUGAAAUAAAAGUGAUAAAAAAAUCAAUGGUAAAUUAAAAACCCCAAUUUCAAACAUAAAGAAUCGAAAAAUUUAUGUCAAAAUAAUCAAGAUCCAGUGCUGGAUCAUUUCAAUUACAUUUCUCAAGGUCGUAAUAAAUUGUGACUUCAAAUCUCGCAAUUUUCUCCUUGAUUUUUCAAACAGCUCAAUUGAAUUAAUACCUUUUGAAAUCAAAUCAGUUUUUAAAUAUUAAUAUGGUUCAAUAUAAACGAUGACAAGAAACAGUCAAGUCUGUUUGGGAGUGGUUCAGAUCUACAUGUUAAUUCUAUGAUUAAUUGAUAGGUCUGAAAAUCCUAAUUAGUUAAACAAUUACUGGCCUUAUAAUGCAUACAACUUUAAGGUUUUGAUCUUAAGUUUUAAACAGCAAGUUUUUAAUAAUCUUUAAAAGCUCUUUUAUGAACAUCCGCGAAUGUUCAAACUUCAUAUUAGCCCAUUUAUACAUCUUGGUCAAUUUUAAAACAAAAAUAGUGAAAUUUUUUUAAAAUAAAACCUAAGUGAUUUACUUUAAUUAAGUGAUUUUAUCAAAAAAUUGUUAUGAAAAAAAAAUCAGUGAAAAUAUUUGAAAAGUGAUAUAAAAAAAAGCUUAACCAACAUGACAAACUUCGGAUUCUAAUCUAAGUUACUCUAUUUCACACAGAUUCCAACAACAAUGAGCGUCAACACAAACUCAUUAAAUGCUCUUCCUUCUUUGGACGUCAAGUCUAUUCAAGAAUAUAUAAAAACUUUUAAUGAAGAAGAUAUUAUUUUGAAUUCGCAAGAAUUAAUAAAUAAUAAUACAAUAUGUAACAAUCCUACUAACAAUGCUUUGACUUCGUUCUUGUCAACAUUUGUAUCAAAUGAUCUGAAUGAAGAAUUAAUAAGCUAUCCGAAAAGUAUUGUCAGUGGAUUUAAUCCUUUUGUAAAUCCAUUGGAUGUUGAAGACAUUUAUGUAUUUCAACCAAAUGAACAAAUAAGCGAUAUAGAUGAUUUUGGAUAUAUUUUAAAUACUGAAAAUGUGUCAUAUUAUGAUCUUGACUCUAGUCAAUCAGACAUUCUGUCUUUUGAUGGAACUGAUUUAAUUAAUCUUGAUGAUUUGUGUCGAACCCCAAUUACAAUCAUUAAUGAGCCAAAAGAAAUUGUUCAAAUCAUAAAGACAAUUAAGAAGGAACAAAAGUCCAGACGUGGACGUGGAAGACCAAAAACGGAGAUAACGAAACUUGAUGAAAAAGUUGCUGAUGCGGAAAAGACUAACGAUAAGCAUGUGAUCAGAAUUAAAAAGAACAACAAAGCAUCAAAGGAAUAUCGAGAUAGAAAGGCAGACAAAAAAAAGCAGCUUGACACUGACUUAUCGAAUCAUACCGAUAAAUAUCUUAAAUUAAAGAAAACUCAUACCAAAUUGAGCUUAAGAAUCGAACAGCUAGAGAAAUUGCUAAAAAUGCAUUCAUUUUAGUUUAUAAGCUACAAUUACCUAGCUUUUUUUAAGGAACCUAUUUUCGUAACAAAUUGAUAUUAUAAUACCAAUUGUAAU